AAGAUUCCACUUCGUGUAUUUCACCAGUUGCCUUGUAUUUUCAACAAGCCACUAUUUUUCUGUAUAAAGUUUUCAAUAAAAAAAAGUAGGAAAAUUACUGAACAAACAUAUUUUUAGUUGGUUUCAAUUUAUUGCAUUAAAAAAAUGAGUGAAGUGUUGAAAAUACAAAAAUUAGCCGAUUUCAAAGCAUUGGAGAAACAAUUGAACGAACGAUGGCUGGAGCUAGAAAGAGAUUCAAAUGCCUUUCGAUACAAAUUAAAUGUGCAGAAGAGAAAAAUUCUUGACGGAAAGCUUCAUUUUAUACUGACGCUAAACACCGACCGAACGUUAUUACGACGCAAACCUCAAGUCAUAACAUCGGUUGUUCAGCCCUUCAAUCAGAACGCGUUCAAUUUCAACAAAGUGGACGAAUGUGAGGUGCUGCUCCGAUGUCAAAACCAAUUGAAUGGCGAUGCAAAUUCAACACAUGGAAUUACAACGUUUCUGGUGAACAAUAGCCCAAUAACAAAGUGUCAUUCGCUCAUUUGCCCCAGAUUGACGGAGAAUUUGUCACAAAGCAUAACCAAAGAGUGCAUCGAAUUUGCCAUUGAUUUGAUUACCGGGCUGGAAGAUCAUGGUUAUCGAAUUGGAUACAACAGCUUGGGUGCAUUUUCUUCGGUCAAUCAUUUGCAUUUGCAUUUGAUUCAUGUGACUGAGAAAAUGUACGUGGAAGAUGCGGAAAUCACUCCAAUUUCCGACGACAUUUACAGAAUGGACUUUCCGGCAUUCGCGUUAUGUUUACCCAUUUUCCAUUGGAGAGAUAAAGGAGUUAUCGCUAGUAAAAUAUCGAAAAUAGUCGAAUAUUUCCGCCAAGAAUCGAUCCCUCACAACAUUUUCUGGACAUACGGCACACAUUCCAAUCAAAAUUUAGUGAAAGUUUUCAUUUUCCCACGGAAUCGACUGACCGAUAAGAUUUCCAGCUCAUUCAAUGCAGCAUUCUGUGAACUCACCGGCUUUGUUCCGAUUGGAGACGCCGAAGCCUACGAACAACUUUCAGAAGAUUUUAUCAUCGAUUGUAUUUCAGAAGCAAUGGGAGAAAUCGACAAACCAAAACUUGUAUCAGAAAUUACUAAGCUGAUUUCAAAUGAGAGCCUGAAUUCAAGUGGGGAAUAAUAAUCAUCAAUUUAUUAAAAAAUCAUGUCUCAUUGAGGAAUUAGAUUUGUAUUCCUGCCAAAAUGUUGGCUCGCCACGAUUUAUUUCAUCAAGUUUAUCAAGCUCUUUCCAAUCUUAUGCAUAGUGUCGAACUUUUGUUCAAGCUCUACCAUCUAAAGGUAUAUACAAUAAAAUAAUUUACGGGCACGGCGUUAGAUGGCAUUUUUUCUGGUCAAAAAAGUUGAAAUAUCCCUUUGAGUAUUGAUUAAUUGAUUGUUCUGAAUUACUUUCAAUCGAUUCGAUGGAAUACAAAGAAUUUGAUUUGAAAAUCAAAGUUUGACAGAAAUUUUAAUAAAAGUUAUAAUAAAACUAAUAAGGGAAGGGUCACACUCACAUUUGAUACGCUCAUCACCAAAUUUUGAAAGAAGAAAA